UAGAACGAGGCUGACAUUACUUUUCACUUGGUUACAGCCUGACAGAGAGUUAUAGUCAUUUGGAUCCACACUGGGGGAAAAAUCACCUCGUGAUCUGAUCCGAGCUGAGACUUGGGGAGCUCUGGCUCCGUGUUGGCUGCAGCAUCCCCCAUGGUCUUGUCUGAGGUGUCCUGUGACUCGACUCUUCAGAACUCAAUGAAGUAGAUGACUUGACUACAAUGUGGAAACAUCAUGACAGAAAGUGUGGUUUGUACCGGGGCCGUCAGCACUGUAAAGGAAGUCUGGGAAGAAAGAAUAAAGAAACAUCAUGAAGAUGUGAAACGAGAGAAGGAAUUUCAGCAAAAGCUAGUGCGGAUCUGGGAAGACCGAGUGAGUUUAACUAAGCUGAAAGAGAAGGUGACCAGGGAAGAUGGAAGAAUCAUUCUAAGGAUAGAGAAAGAGGAAUGGAAGACUCUCCCUUCUUCCUUACUGAAACUGAAUCAGCUACAGGAGUGGCAACUUCAUAGGACCGGAUUGUUGAAAAUUCCUGAAUUCAUUGGAAGAUUCCAGCAUCUCAUUGUUCUAGACUUAUCUCGGAACACAAUUUCAGAGAUCCCCCGAGGCAUUGGACUGCUCACUAGACUUCAGGAACUGAUUCUUAGCUACAACAAAAUCAAGACUGUCCCCAAAGAACUGAGCAACUGUGCCAGCUUGGAGAAGCUAGAACUGGCUGUAAACAGAGAUAUAAGCGACCUCCCGACAGAGCUCAGCAAACUGUUAAAACUCACUCACCUUGACCUGAGCAUGAACCAGUUCACCACAAUCCCUCUUGCUGUGCUGGACAUGCCUGCCCUCGAGUGGCUGGAUAUGGGAAGCAACAGCCUUCAACAGCUUCCUGAUACACUAGACAGAAUGCAAAGUUUACAUACACUGUGGCUACAGAGGAAUGAAAUAACAUGCCUGCCAGAGACAAUCAGGAAUAUGAAAAACUUGGGGACUCUUGUUCUCAGCAACAACAAGCUACAAGAUAUUCCAGGCUGCAUGGAAGAAAUGACGAGUCUGAGGUUCGUCAACUUUCGAGACAACCCACUAAGACUGGAAGUGACACUUCCUCCCAGUGAUGACGUAGAUGGAGAGGAAGAACAGGAGUUAUUUGGGCUUCAGUUCAUGCACGCAUACAUACAAGAGUCACGGAGAACAGAAGACCAAGUCAACUGUCUGACUCAUACGCCCAGCUCUACACGGUCUGAUGGAUAAAGUAAUUUAAAGAGUCCCGCUGAAAAGGAAUACUUCGACAACUGGGUGAAUAUUUUUGUGACUAUCAAAAUAUAAUUUAAAAAUAAUUUAUUUAUUUUUUGCUUGUGGAAGACAUCAUGUUCAUGUUUCCUUUCACUGAUUGAUUUUUUUCCUGCGAUGACAGAUGAGCCGGUACAGCAGUUAAUAAUACAUUUUCCAGAGACACCAAUGGGUCCGUAUAGUACUGUAAGGCAGGACUGAAGCCUUUCUGCUGUAAAUACUGGAGUCGGCCUUGGUCAAUCAGCAAUUUGCAAAGAUGUCCUAUUUUCUUCUUUUCUUCAACAGUAAGAGUCCUACAUUGAAUAAACACACAAAACUUAAAAGUUGGUAAACGUUCCUAAGGAGUUCGGCCCCUCCAUCUACUCCAAGGCUGCUAAGGAGCCGGCAGCACAAUAGGUACCAUGGCUGAUGCUUCUGAGACUUCCCUUUCUGAUCACAAUUAAAACAUGCUUCAGUUUACUCCAAAAUUAGGAUAGAAGCUACAUUUUUCUAAAUUUUUGUUAACAGUCACCUAAGAAAAAAAGAAUCCUUUCCAUCCUCAGCUUCACUUUCUAUAUUGAUCUCAGCCAAAAGACUAAGAAACAACCAUUCCGUUUCAUUUCUCUGGUUUCCCUUGCCCAAGGUCAGUAGUUUGAAAAUAUUAAACGGAAAAUUCUGAAAACAAGCCAUUGGUAAUGCCGUGCUGCCUAGCAUGGUGAAUCACGGGCACUCAACUCCUUCCCACCCGGGGAACGGACCUGUGCCUCGCACCUGAGCGUCCCUAGCGAAUCCGCAUUGCAUGUUACCCCCUCACUAGACGCUGUGCAGCCAUCUCGGUUACGCGACUGACAGAGUGGGUAGCUGCGUGUAGGGCUCUGUUUCACCUAGGGUUCUAGGCAUCUGUGGGAGGUCCUACAGUAUUACCCACAGGAGGCCUAGAUUACGGUGAUAAACUAUCUCCCCGCAGUGAGGUGUUUACGGACGUCAUCACUUACCCAGGCAAACUGUCAGUGCUGCCAUCCGUGAGUCUGUCUCCUACAUCAUCGUGCUCUUCCUCCUCAUCCUUCUGAGCAUCUUUUCUCUCUGCAGUAACAUCUGAGGCUUCCAAAGACGUCCUCAUCCCACACGUUGCCCAACUACUCAUUCUCUGGAAAUAGUAGAACUCCACUGCGCCAAGCCCAAGAGCCUUGAAAUACUCUUUGCCCACAUAAUGUCUCCAGUCACACCUGUGGUGACAACAGAGCGCAAUGACAAUGCCAGCCACAGGGGUCCGUGUCUCUGGGACAUCUUUUUCACUUCCUUCCUUGGCCAAAGUGUUACUUUCUUUUUCUGUUUUAUCAUUCUUUACGCGUUUGGCUAAAGGUUCUUCAUCCUUUUCCUUAAAACUGGCAGCAUAGGUUUCAACCAAACAUCGUAAUGCAAGAUCUGCAAACACAAUCAUGUGCCCCCCACCAAACCACAUCAUCUUUAAAGUUCAAUAAGCAGUAUGGUUAAUACAAAACGCAACACAAGCCAUCAAAAAUAUAGCUAGCUAUAUAUUGUAACAAUUCUAUCAGAUAUUAUACAAUUUUCCAUCUUAAUUUUUCUAGUGAUUUAUUUGCCCAAUAAAAUCAUUUUAAAU